UUCAAAAAUACCCAUCCGGCUUUCGUACAUACGCGUUUUAGCAACACCCUUUUUUUUUUUUUAAAAACCAUGGCGCGUGUUCAGUGGUUUUCCAUCCUCUGUGUGCUGUUUGUCAUAUUUCAGAUUCUUGGGGUUACUGGUUUUGAGAUACCCUGCAACCUAUCGACAUCGACGAUAGAAAUCGUAGAACAGUGUCCGACAGACAAACAAACAUACGUGGAAGCAGCAGCCCGGAAAAACUGCUCAGCUAUUGACAACUCGUGUGACUCCUUUGUGUACCACUGUGUGUUUAAUGUGUGGAGAAACGCUACUUUAGAAGUGUGUGCUCCAUGGCUCAUAAUCGUAGGUCAAGUAUGUGCUGAGUACUCUGAGGGAUUCAUGUCUAUUCGGGAGACGGAGGUGUCGUGUCGGAACUUUAGUAAGCCGUGUCCUACUCGAUAUAACUCCACUGACCAGUAUGAAUAUCCUGAGUGUUAUGACAUAGUGUAUAAAAGCAGUCCUCCAGAUACCACGCCAAAAGUCCCUCUAUCAGAGAUAAACACUACCACGCCACAAGAGGAAGGGGGACUUUCAGUUGGGGUCGGGAUUGCAGUUGGUCUCAUCAUCAUCAUAUUAAUUAUGAUUGUAGCAGUGUUUAUGUAUGUCAUACGUAAAAUGAAAACUCAGAAUAUGAAAAGUAAAAAAGCAUUUGCGGCUGUCCCUUUGUGUGGUCGGUGUCUUGCUGAAGGAUGUACAUGUAUAAUGUUGAAAAUUCAAAAUUUUAUGGACAAUCGAUAUGGGAACUCCACUUCACAAGAUGUUUAUGAUUCUCGUCAGUCAACACUUACAAAUCAAAACUCAAUUGUUUCAGAAGGUGUUUCUCCUACUGCACUACCUUUGAACUCCCAUGAUGAAACCAUUCCAAAGGAGCAAGUAACACCAGAUGCCAGCUCCUCAAUUCCAUUGCUUUCAAACUUUAAUGAUGAUAUGCAAAAUGACUUAGGUGCUCACAAAACAGACACAAAUCCGAAUGUAGAAAAUCAGGAUGAUAAUGUUGCUUCAGUUUGUGACAGUGAAGUCUCAUCAAUUAAACCAUCCCCUAAUCAAAAUAAAUCAAAGGAUUUGACAUCUUCAGCAACAAGAAAUGAGGAAUCAAUCCAACAAUCAUCUACUAGUCAGCAGUUGUGUCAUGUACAACCUUCUGAUUUAUCUCCACAUCAACAUACAGAAAAUGCUCCAUCGGUUUCUACAUCAGACAUUCAACAUAAAAGUCCUCCACAAAUUCAGCAAAUAAAGAACAGUCAGGAAAUAGGUGGAAGUGCCUGCAUCUCACAAAAUAAUCAGACAUCUUCAUCACGUAGUAAUUUAGGUGAUAAUGGAAACCCUGGCACUGCACAACCUGAUAGUCCAGAAGGUUCUAGCACACUGGUACCUGCAGGGGCACCUCUCCCCAAGUUGGCGAAAGAUAUUAAGCUGGAAGCUGCUGACACCCCAGUGAAAGCUGUGCCAAAAGAGAAUAAAAGUGGGGCAUUCUCCAAAAGGAUCAGAAAUAGUCGAGAGGACCAAGCAUCUUUAAUAGGCUCGAUUGAACUUGAUGGCAGUGGAGAUGUAAGAGAAGUCAAUCAAUUAAUAAGUGAACCGAGUUUUUCAACAAGACCUGACAGUGGCAGUGGUGCAUCAACAGAAGAUUUUAUCAGGAAUGAAGAAUUGGAGAAAAUCAUUGAUCAAAAGUUGGAGAAAAGAGACCAAAGGUUUUUGUGUUCCUUGAACAAUGCAACUGAAGAAAAUCGAAAGGCAUUGAACAAUGCAGCUGAAAAACUUCAAAAGGCAACAGAAAAGCUAAUCAAAGCUCAGACAACGAUUCAAGAGCUAAAUGAACAAAUACUUGCAAAAGACCAGAAAUUGAAGAACAAAGACAUGGAGCUCGAAAAAAAAAAUCAGCUUGAGAGAGAAAAUGUUGAGCUUAAACAAAGAGUACGUGAGCUAGAAGAGAUGAAAAAAAUAUGGAAUGAUGAGAAAACUAAAUUACAGGAUAAAAUAAUCAAAUUACAACAGGCUGAUUAAAUAGAGAAAAGAAGAAAACAUUAAAGUUGUUUUCUCCAUCGGAAGUGUAUGCAGAUGAAUGCAAAGCAAUGCUAUUAUAGAAUGGUUUCUGGGUGUUUUGGGUCGACAGGCGUAGCGAGCUAUUCCUUGUGGAUUCACCGCUACACUACCACUCUAGCUCCUACGCAACUGAAUAUAGUUUGAAUCGCAGUGCAUGUUUUGUGAAAUAAAAUCAUUGCCGUGCACAUAAAAUGCUUAAUAAUGUCAAUGGAAAGCAUACAUUGUUUGGGAAAGAAUGUGAAAAUAUUUUAGAGUCAGGCAUCGACUUAGCAGGUCUGCAACUGAAUACAGUGGGAGAUAAGAAGAGCUUCUGUGGGUAUGAAAGCAGACACUGCAUGUUUUUCAUUGAAUUUCAAAUUUGUUAACAUGUUUAAUAAAGUUAUGUAUGAUAUGUUAAAAUUUUAGUCGAACAAUUAUGCUGAAAGAUAAGUCUAUUGAAAUGAUAUUUUUAAUCACGCAUGAAUACAAGGAGAGAGAGGACUAGAAAUAGAUGAAUAAGGACUUAGAUAUAUUGCAUUUAACUUUCCGUGAAAGUAAAUGAUAUGGCGAUUCUUAAAGGUCAAGUGUAAUAAAAAUAGAUUUGAAAAUAAAGUUUAUAAUUCAUUAAAACCCGUUUUGAAAAGUUUA